AUCCACAACCUUGAACAGUGUUACAAUAUCGAAAUUUUUGUUGUACGCAAUGAAAUGACGCGUUAUGCACUUUUGUGAAGUUAAUGGAAAUGGAACUUAUGGAACAAUGCCUGCACACUCUAUCACGCAAAACGGUGGUAUUUCAAAGAAUUCUAACCUAGAUGUAACACCCCUUGAACAUCUUUUCGUAUCAAAGUUUUCAAGAUUAACUAUUGAUGAUGAAUACAAAUAUAACUUAGCAUACUUAGUAACUCAGCAGAAUGGAGCACAACUUCCAGAUAAAAUCCCUCAAAAUGAUAAGCAUCCAUCAAUUACACUGAGCGCAAAACCACUUAAUCGCAUUCAACUAAAUGCCGUUCAAAAUCAAAACGGACCUGUUGUUUCAAAAGAUUAUAGGAACUUGCAUCGACUAGCAAACGGUAAAAAGCAGAAACCUUUGAGGAGCAAAUUCCCUGCACGCCAUACUUCUCCUGCGUAUACUAGCAGUCCAGAAUCGUGUAACCGUACUGCAUCAGACUUGGAUGAUCGGGGAGAAUAUGAAUACAUCCCUUUUGGGAAAAGUUCCUUGAAACGUUUUGUUAAUAAUGAUCAUGAUCGAGUAUCAACUCAUAAGACAGUGUCCAGAUCAUUCCGAAAUGCCGUAGACUCUCGUUAUUCAGGACUGAAUCCCCCUGUUUUUGAACAUCAUACAGGAUCGAAUAUGACUAUGCCUUCAAGUGGACUUCAUGACACUUAUGACACAAUGAAAUUCAUACCUACAAUACCCUCAGAAUCUCAUCGUGAGAUACCACCUAAGUCGACCAAGCCACCAGAACAAUCUUAUAGAGAUCUCUUAGAAUCAAAAAGAACAAAAUUAAAUUCUUCGGAUCAGUUUAUAAGAGAUGAAUUCUGUUCGCCAUAUGUUGCUCCCAAAGUUCAAGCAUCCAAGACACUCACAAAACUGAGAGAAUUUAGAUCUAUUGAUCAGCCAAGUGAAAUCAAGCCAGUCAGUAGAACAGUAGAGAACCAAAGUCCCUCAGACCCAUCAUCCCCUCAACAGAACUCGCAUUCUCUACGUCGGUCAAUCACAUUUUCCGCUGGACGAUUAUCGAAGCAAUACCAAGAGAUCCUAAUGAAAAGGCUGUUUCAUGAACCACAGUCUAUUCCAUGGAUUGAUCAUCGUAAACAAGAUGAGCCCUUAAUAGAUUUAUGCUAUGAUUGUGGUAAACGCAUCUAUCCAGUAGAUCGUAUAUCUACAGGUGAAAGAGUCUAUCAUAAAACAUGCUUUCGGUGUGCAACAUGUCAAAGAACUUUAUUAGUUGGAAAUUUCGCCUCCUUGGAUGGAGUUAUCUUCUGUAAACCACACUAUAUAGAGCAAUUUCGUAUGAGUGCAGGUCGUUAUGAGUAUCGUCCAAGUGUUAUUUCUAAAUGAUGAUUAGUUUCUGUUCAGCUGACAAGUGGAUUAUUACACCUGCCCGAUCACAUUCAGUGUGAAGGAAAGAAAGAAGAAAAUGCAAUCCGACUGAUUGUAUGAAUAUUAUGUGAAAUAGAAAAUUGUUUAUCUAUCCUGUAUUACUUAAAAAUACUACUAUUGAUGAUAUCAGUAGUAGUGGUAGUCCUAUAUAUAUAUUUUCCAUAUCUUCCGAUUUAUCAUUCGUCAUCAGUACGUGUAUAAAAGUAGUGUGUUUUUUCAAGUGAAUUUGGAAAAAUCAAAUCAAGAAUUAACAGAUGAUAAAUUUGUACACUUGUCUUUCGCAUUAUCGGAGAGAGUAGCCUAGAUCUCUAUUGUUGAAUACUACAGUCAAUGUAUAUUUAUUUAUUUAGUUUUGGUAAUGACAGUAAUAGUAGUAAUAGAAGUAUCCGUAUUGUCGUCUUUUUGAAAGCACUACAUUCCCCAAUAUUAUCAUCAUCAAUAUCAUCUUUGUCACCAUUCUCAAAAACUCCGCCAAAUUCAAGGUCAAAAACAACAACAACAGUAACUGAACAAUUAAAACAACUAAAUUAUUCAAUCUACUGUAUACAAACUGUAGACUAUAUUAUAUAGAUAUGUAUACUACUCAGUAAACAGACGCUUUUAUUUAUUAUGUAUUACACAAUCGAAUUGAUUAUUUUCGUUAUCAAUAUUUUAAUUUUUCUUCUUACAUUUUUGGUUAUGGUGAAAACGAGAAUUUCAGUGAAGUCUCCUUUCAAAUACUUUACACAUGAAUGUGAUAUAUAUAUAUAUAUAUAUAUAUAUAUA